CGAUAGGCGGCGACACAGUGGCUAGUAUACAUACACAUAUUGGUGAUCUGGUGUAACCGAGCUGCCUGGCGGUCGCCGAUGUCUGUAAAAUCGGUGUUAGAUGUUAUUAUAGUUUAGGCGAACAUCAUGUGGGCACUCAGUGAUAUUACGAGCGCAACGCUCGCGCUUUUCUCCUGCCUUAUGGUACAGCUGUUGUUCAGACCUGUCGAUGGCGGUGCAGUUCCACUCACGCAGGGUAACAUUGAUAUGACUUUAGCAUCCAAUGAAUUAGUCUUUAUCAACUUUUACGCGGAAUGGUGUCGGUUCAGCAGUAUGCUGGCUCCGAUAUUCGAUGAAGCAGCUGACAAAGUAGCUGCAGAAUUCCCCGAGGCUGGGAGAGUUGUAAUGGGAAAAGUGGAUUGCGACUCCGAAUCCUCUGUCGCAUCAAGGUUUCACAUCACAAAGUACCCAACAUUGAAGGUGAUAAGAAAUGGGCAGCCGACUAAGCGAGAAUACAGAGGUCAGCGUUCGUCAGAAGCUUUCGUACAAUUUGUAAGGAAGCAGCUUGAAGAUCCUAUCAAAGAAUUCUUCGAGCUUAAGGAGUUGAAUGAACUCGACGACAAGAAGAGAAUGAUUAUUGGGUACUUUGACAGAAAGGAUGUUCCGGAGUACCAGAUGUUCAGGAGAGUUGCAACCAACUUGAAGGAUGAUUGUCAAUUCCACGUCGGUUUUGGCCCUUGCUACAAUCAAAGCUGUGAAUUUGGACAGCUUUUUAAUUUGGUGAGCGCCAGUGCAGCGAUGCAUCCGCCAGGUCAACCCAUAAUUGUGUUCCGAUCUGACAAAGCACUGUCAAACGACGACGAUGAGACAUACAAAGGCAGUAUGACCACUUUCGACGAAUUGAACAUCUGGGCGCAAGAAAAAUGCGUCCCGCUAGUGAGAGAAAUCACAUUUGAAAAUGCAGAGGAAUUAACAGAGGAGGGUUUGCCGUUCCUGAUACUUUUCCACAAACCUGACGACACGGAAAGUGUCAAGGCUUAUAAAGACAUUAUUUCCGGAUCGCUGAUUGAUGAAAAACAAAGCAUCAAUUUCUUGACGGCUGACGGUCUAAAGUUUGCGCACCCUCUUCAUCAUCUGGGAAAGAGUACAUCAGAUCUGCCACUGAUAGCAAUAGACAGUUUUAGACACAUGUAUUUGUUCCCAAAUUUCCAGGACAUAUUUCAGCCUGGAAAAUUGAAGAGCUUCUUGCAGGACUUGUACUCUGGAAAAUUGCAUCGCGAGUUUCAUUAUGGUCCAGAUCAAUCUGAGCAGGAGGAUUCUAAUCAAAUAAGUGGUCAAGUCAAAGUACCGACCUCACCCCCGGAAUCAACCUUCAAAAAAUUAGCACCCAGCAAAAACAGGUACACUCUACUAAGAGAUGAAUUAUAAGUAUGUCUAUGAUUUCUUUUUAAUCAUUAUUUAAAAGAAGCUUAAAUCUGUAAAUGAGAUUUCAACGGUUGUACGAUUUACUGCUCGUCGAUAUAGGGAUCACCGAAUUGUUCAUAAUUCAUAUAUCAGGUGGAAAAACGGUUGGUAAUUAUCGUUUUUCUACAAUGUGUAUGGCAUGAAAAUGGAAUACAAGUAAAAUGAAAACAGAAUAACACCAAAGUUCACCCGUUUUUUAUGAAUCUUAAACCCAUGCAAUGUAAAUAGAUAGAUGAAUAUGUCUACGUCCGAGCCGUUGUUUUGUCAAAACAUCAUAUCGCAAUAUGCGAACAUAAUUACCCUGGAACGUUUAUUUUAUUUCAAUCUUUCAAUCGUUUUAAUUAGAUUUUUGCACAAAGGUUCGACAUUUGAAGAUAUCUACAAUUUUAAUUUGUACAAAUACACGGUACAAUAGGCUUAUGUAUACAGAAAUUAUUAUCUGUCACUGUAAAAGUAAGCUUCUUAGGCCUGAUGAUUAUGGUGACAGGUAAAAUGAGCUUUGUUGUGAUUGUUACUUAAAUAAUUCGCGAAUUAAGAUAAAGAUGAAGAAAAGGAAGAAGAAAAAAAAGUCGAGAAAUUGGAUCAUUUUUUAUCUUGAUAUCACAAGUACAAUAACUUGGUGGUGAAACAUCACUGUCUACACCCUGUGUUAAACGAAGAAUAAAGAACUUGUAGAAAAUGUAAGAAAACAGUAUUAUAGGCUCUGACAACCUAUAAUAUGUCAAAUAAUUGUAAAAUAUAUUAAGAAAUUGAAAGCGAGACAAACGAAAAUUGAAUAAAAAAUUUUAUCAAAAUAAA